AUGAAUUCUUCAUACAGACGGGCUGUUCGGGGCGGCUCAGCUUCAGCCACAUCUUACAGCUCAGGUCAGCCAGAGCUGAGGCCCCCCAAUCGCCUCUCAGUUUCCACCACUUCGUAUAGAAACCAUUGCAACAGCAGCGCCAAGCGUGGCUCAACAGACAAACCUUCGACGGCCAUGCAACUGUCAACCUCUGCCCUCAAACAGGCGCCUAGCUACGGGUAUAACCAGGCAGAGAGGGAGAGGCCCCACUGCUACAGUCCUCUGCUGAGGCUCCAGGACCUCUCCACUAUGGUACACAGACCUGGGUCUGAUCUGGGACCCGGGCCCCAGCCCAAGGACCUUCAUGCCAGGAACCAUUUGCACUCUCACAGCCCAGUGGGAGGCUCUAGUUUUGGGGCUCCCCUGGUCCGACUGCCCCCCUCUACUGGUAACGAGGAGACAGAACCCUACGAGGAUUCCAUGCGGGAUCAGAACGGUUUCUCUCCUGUCAGUUCUGAUAGUUUGGAGCGCUGCUCCCCCAUCCCCAAUGGAUACCUGCAUUUCGAGUCCACCUUGUUUGACAGUGGGGACAGGGAGGAUGAGGACGAGGAGGAUGAUUUGGUACCUUUUCAACAACACUCUUCUAAGUCCGCCAGAGACAGAACGGUCACAGACUCUAACACCACUUCUGGUUCAGGGGUAGGCCAUAACAGCACAUACAAACCCUCUGUUCUCAACCUGAUGUCCAAGAGUCUAUCUGAACUGGACCCUACUCUGAGCCCCAGUGCCCUGCCUGACAUGUCCAUGGGGGAUGGCUGGAGUAUGGACCAGGACUCUGACAGUGACAGUGAGAUGACAGGAGACACACAUGACAAUGGUCUCAUCUCACCUGUUGGAACCAACUCUAAUCCCAACAGCCCAAAGAAGAAGCCCCUCCCAGCAGUGCAGUACUUGGAGGGAGAUCUGGUCUGGGCCAAGUUCAACCGCCGCCCCUGGUGGCCCUGUAGAGUUACCAUAAAUCCACUGGAGGGGAUACACACACGCAUGAAAGUCCCCAGUCGUCGUCCUUGUCGUAUGUAUUACGUGGAGACUGUGGCGGAGAUGGCAGACCAUGCCUGGGUACCUGGGAAAGUUACCUACCCCUUCACAGGAGGAGAGCAGUUCACAGACCUGCCUGUGCUGAGACGGAGAGGGAAACAGAGGGAAAAGGACUACAAAUACACAAUACCCAAGCGUCUGUUGGAGUCGUGGAAAGUCAGUGUGCUGGAAGCUGAGUUUCUCCUACCUGACCUGCUGAAGAAUACUGCUGUCUCUUCUUCCAUGGCCUUUAACGGUGAAGAGCGGGUGUCCUCCCCACUGCCUGAUGAAAAAACAUCCGAGGCCCCCUCUUGUUCCUCCUUUAACCUCACUGCACCCCCCUCCCUCAGCCCUACCCCCAACAGAAACAAACAUCCCCCUGCUCCCAACCUGACCGUAGCGAACGACAGUAGCAGCAAAAAGAAACCCUGCCAGAAGAAGAAGAAGAAGAGGAAGGGUCUGGCGGAGAUCUUUGGUCAUAUAGCUGGAAGUCCCACAGAGUCACUAAGCAUCCUAGACCUGGCCAACCAAAUGCCUGCUGCCGCAGCUGAUCCACGGAAAAAAGAAGAUCCCAAGGACUCUCCAUACGCAGACCUGGAUUCUGUACCAACCAUUGUGCGUCCCAAACGGUCUGAGAAACCUGCUAAAGAAGACACAGAGAAACCAUCUGAACCCUCAAAAGAGGAGGCAGAGAAAGGGGGCAAGACUUCUCCUGAAAAGGCCAAAGACAGGCGUGUGGGCAUGGUGGUUCCUAGACGUCUGAUGACCAGGGCCCUGAAAGCAGAGAAGGAGACAGAACUCAAAGAGGCUCUGCUGGCCUCAAGCCAAAACUUGAGAGACGAUAGGCUUAAUGUGCAUUCUUCUGAUGAUGAUGAUGUGAGCGAUAACGUUCAGAUCAGAGCAGAGUCGUCUACUAGCAGGGAUUCUUCACCAGACAAAGCCAGAUCCUCUGCUAGUCACAGCUCUCCUAAAAAACAGUCCAAGUCUGAUUGGAAGCGCCUCCACAACGGCUCGUGGAAAAACUCUGAAGAUGUGACUCCAGGGUCCAGUAAGCCUGUCAUACCCCCUAUUAAGGUCAAGGAAGAGAACAUUGUCUCAGACAUAUCCUCCUGUUCUUCCCCCACCUCCUCUCUCUCUCCCAUGGACGCUUUCCAAGAUAUCAAGGAGCUGUCAUUCAAAUCCUUAGUGAAGGAGGAGAGCGACUCCGGGGACUCUAACACUAAUUUUAAACCUGAGCCUAAUUACAAGUUCAGUACUUUCCUGAUGCUCCUGAAGGACAUGCAUGAUACCAGGGAGAAAGAGGGCAAGCCCCUGACCAUGCCUCCCUCGCCAGACCUCAUCAAGGAAGAACCCAUGGUCAUACCCACCGCCCAACCACCAGACGACCCCCUUAACGCUCCUGCUGGCGGGGACUGGAUGCCGGCGGGGACCAAAAUCCAAAACGGCCAGCAUGCGAGCUCGCCAACAACCAAGAGAACACCGGCCAAACCCAAGUCUAAAAAUAAACCCAUCAAUAAAAACGAAACGUACAAACUUGAAGGGAAAACAGUGCUGGCUCAGAUGGUGGCGAACGCAGUGGAGAAGCAGCAGCGGAGGAAGCCGAGGCCUCCAGCCAAACUCCGGGCCACCAUCGCUGGUCUCUCUCCCGAGAUGGCCGACCUAGCCUGGGGGAGGGAGUUUGUCUCUGGGCACGCUGACCUGGCUGAGCCUGGCCUCGGCCCUCCUCUUCCUCCUGUCCCCUCCGCUGUUGACUCCUCAUCCUACCUCGACAAGAGCCCGGGUACCAAAGUGGCCCCUAAGAAGCGCUGGCAGACGUUUGCGCAGCAGGGGCCGGUGAAGCCAGGGAAGGAUGCAGAUGCACUGGGUGGGGUGGCCUCACCGCAGGGGCCUGUGGAGGUGAAUGGGAUCUACAGAGACGGCCAGGGAGGGGCACCAGACCCCUUCACGUCCCAUGAUCUGAACCUGGGGAUGGAGAAGCAAGAUGACACAUCAGCACAUUCUGAAAACAAACGGCUGAGGAAACCCAGCAAAAGACUGCUGGAAUCCACAGAGGAGGAACAAUUCUUCUCCCCGAAGAAAAAACUGAAGAAACCUCUGGAAUCUUCCAAAACUCCGCUGAGCCCUUCCACAGUUCCAGGCCCAGCCCUGCUAACAUACACCUCUACCCCCAGCCCCACCUCCACCCCCACCCCUGGCCCUACCUCUGGGGAGCCAGCCAGCCCCACCCCUGGCCCUACCUCUGGGGAGCCAGCCAGCCCCACCCCUGGCCCUACCUCUGGGGAGCCAGCCAGCCCCACCCCUGGCCCUACCUCUGGGGAGCCAGCUAUCACCACCUCUGGCUCUACCUUUGGGGAGCCAGCCAUCACCACCCUUGGCUCUACCUCUGGAGAGCCAACCAUCACCACCCCUGACCCUAACUCUGGAGAGCUAGCCAGCACCAAUGCCCUAGCAGGGCUGAAACAGACCCCAGUAUCCCUGGAGAGGAAGAGGCCAAGGAAGCCAUCUCACAAGGUCCUGGAAUGCACCAUAGAAGAAGUGUCACUCAGUCCUCCAAAGAAGAAGGAGUUGAAGAAGCAGAGUGGACAGACAGAGGAGAAGACAGAAGUCAGGGACACUCAGGUUAAGUCUGUGAAGAAAGAAGUGCCUGUAUCCAGCGUGACAACUCCAGAGAGCAUGGUUUCUCUGCAGGCAUCCUCCCCUGCCCGGCCCUCUAGCCCUACUGUGCUCCUCACCCCCAAGGAAGAGACCGAGAAGAUCAGUCCUGGGGUGGGAGGAGAGAGCCACACCAACGGAGAGAGAUCACCCAAACCUGAGGUGUUCUCUCCUGGUCUGAAUGACAGUUUCUCCCUACCUGGCGAAGGGUCCCUGGUCUCCAGCACUAAGAGGAACACAGGAGAGAAAGGAGGAGCUGCGUCCAUGAAGGAGAAUGUCUGUCAGGUGUGUGAGAGGACAGGUGAGCUGCUGCUGUGUGAGGGCCAGUGCUGUGGGGCGUUCCACCUGCAGUGUAUCGGCCUAUCAGAAGCCCCCAGAGGGAAGUUUAUCUGUAGUGAAUGCACUAUAGGGAUCCACACAUGCUUUGUGUGUAAGAAGUCUGGCGACGGUGUGAAAAGGUGCAUGGUGCCUGUAUGUGGGAAGUUCUAUCACAACGAGUGUAUCCUGAAACACACACCCACCCAGCCCCAGAAUAAAGGGGUUCGCUGCUCCCUCCACGUCUGUCUGUCCUGCCACAUCACCAACCCCCUCAACCCCUGCACUUCCAAAAGUCGUCUGACCCGCUGCGUGCGUUGCCCUGUGGCGUACCACGCUAAUGACUACUGUAUGGCGGCGGGCAGCGUAGUCCUGGCCAACAACAGCUUCCUGUGUCCCAACCACUUCAUCCCCCGCAAGAACUGCAAGAACCAUGAACACAUCAACGUCAGCUGGUGCUUUGUCUGCUCAGAAGGGGGCAGUCUGUUGUGUUGCGAGUCUUGUCCUGCUGCCUUCCACCAAGAGUGUCUGAACAUCGAGAUGCCUGAGGGUAGCUGGUUCUGCAACGACUGCAAGGCCGGGAAGAAACCACACUUCAAGGACAUCCUCUGGGUUAAAGUGGGAAGAUACAAGUGGUGGCCUGCGGAGGUGUGUCUUCCUAAGAACGUCCCAGAGAACAUCCUCCGUAUGAAACACGAGGUGGGGGAGUUCCCCGUUCAGUUCUUUGGUUCUAAGGACUACGCCUGGACCUAUCAGGCCAGAGUCUUCCCUUACAUGGAGGGAGAUGCCAACAACAAGGACAAGAUGGGGAAGGGUUGUGACGCCAUCUACAAGAAAGCUCUGAAUGAAGCUGCUGAUCGGUUCAAAGCUCUUCAGGAUGAGAAGGAGAUGAGACAGCUUCAGGAGGACAGGAGGAACGACAAGAAACCUCCUCCCUACAGACACAUCAAGGUGAACCGACCAAUCGGCAAGGUCCAGAUCAUCACGGCGGACCUAUCGGAGGUGCCGCGCUGUAACUGCAAGGCGUCUGAUGAGAACCCGUGUGGCAUUGACUCAGAGUGUAUCAACCGCAUGUUGAUGUAUGAGUGCCACCCUCAGGUGUGUUUGGCAGGGGAGAGGUGUCUGAACCAGAGUUACACCAAGAGACAGUACACCCAGGUGGAGAUCUUCAGGACCUUGUCACGAGGCUGGGGGCUACGGGGCGUCUCCGACAUCAAGAAGGGUGCAUUUGUGAAUGAGUACGUGGGGGAGGUGAUAGACGAGGAGGAGUGCAGAGCCAGGAUCAAACAUGCUCAAGAGAAUGACAUCUGUAACUUCUACAUGCUCACUCUGGACAAGGACCGGAUCAUAGACGCUGGACCCAAGGGGAACCAGGCGAGGUUCAUGAAUCACUGCUGCCAGCCCAACUGUGAGACCCAGAAGUGGACGGUAAACGGAGACACCAGGGUGGGGCUCUUUGCCCUGGAGGACAUCCCCAAAGGUGUGGAGCUGACCUUCAACUACAACCUGGAGUGUCUUGGUAACGGGAAGACGGUGUGUAAAUGUGGAGCGUCCAACUGUUCCGGGUUCCUGGGGGUUCGACCAAAGAACCAGCUGUCUAAAGCACGGGAAGGAAGAGAACUAAAGGAGGGCAAGAAGAAGGUUCUGGUGAAGAGGAAGCCUCAGCUGGAGGUGACGAAGGAGAGGGAGGACGAGUGUUUCAGCUGUGGGGACGGAGGACAGAUCGUGUCCUGUAAGAAGCCAGGAUGUCCCAAGGUCUACCACGCAGACUGUCUCAACCUGGCCAAGAGACCUGCAGGCCGUUGGGAGUGCCCCUGGCACCAGUGUGACAUCUGCGGUCAUGAGGCAGCCUCCUUCUGUGAGAUGUGUCCCAGCUCCUUCUGCACGCAGCACCGUGAGGGCUUGCUCUUCAUCUCUAAGAUAGACGGGCGGCUCGCCUGCAACGAUCACGACCCCUGUGGACCCGAGCCCCUGGAACCAGGGGAGAUCAGGGAGUAUGUACCUCCUGGAGGCAUGCCUCUCCCUCACCUCCUCACCCACCCCCAGGGUCUGGUCCCACCCAGGCCUGGUUCCACCACUGCUGGUUCUAUCUCCGCCACAGUUGCCCCAGGCCUGGCCCAGGACUCGCUACUGCCCCCUACAGGGAGCCUGUUCCUCAACACCUCCCAGACCUCCAACACUUUCUCAUACGGAUCACCUAGCAGUCCCUACAUGUCUGAUAGUCAAAUACUGCACUUCUCCCCUCCUUCUCCCCCCUCCUCCUACAAGGAUGAGAAAGAGGAGGAGGAUGGAGAGCUGGAAGACGGACAGGUGGAUGGGAUAGAAGAGGACGCGGAGGAGGACGAAGGAGAGGAAGAAGAGGAG